UUCGGGGCGCGGAGGAGCCGCGAUGGAGCCGCGGGAGCUGCUGGCGCUGCUGGGCACAGCCCUGCUCACCUGGGGGCUGGACCUGGAGACCCCCCAGGUGUUCCCGGGGACCCCCGGCAGCGGCUUCGGCGCCAGCGUGGCCCAGUUUGGGACCGGAGCCGGCGGAUGGCUCUUGGUUGGAGCCCCCCGGGCCGGGAACGGCUCCGGAGCCGCCUUCGGCUGCGCCUUCGGCUCGGGAACGUGCCGGGAGCUGCGGGCGCCAGGGCCCCCCGGAGCCGUCUCCUCCGCGCUGGGGCUGGCGCUGGCGGCCGGAGAGGACUCGGCGCUGGUGUGCGGCCCCAUCGUCCCCCAGGUGUGCGGGGUCAACGUCCACCUCAACGGCUUCUGCGUCCAGCUGGACACGGCGCUCCGGCCGGUCCGGAGCCUCCCGGCCGCCUUCCCAGCGUGUCCGAAGCCCUCGAUGGACAUCGCCUUCCUGAUGGACGGCUCGGGCAGCAUCGCCCAGCACGACUUCCAGACCAUGAAGACCUUCAUCGCCGAGGUGAUGCGGCGCUUCCGGGACGACGACGCGCAGUUCUCCCUCACCCAGUUCUCCCACACCAUCCAAGACCACUUUGACUUCAAGACCUUCCGGAAGUUUCCGGACCCCGCGCGGCUCCUGCGGAACGUCCGGCAGCUCACCGGCGCCACCUACACGGCCACGGCCAUCCAGAGCGUCCUGCAGAAGAUGUUCGUGGCCGGGCGCGGCGCUCGGGCCGGCGCGCGGCGCAUCCUGAUCGUGGUGACCGACGGCGAGCGCUUCGGCGACCCCCUGGACUACCCGGACGUGCUGCCGCUGGCCGAAGCCAUGGCGGUCACUCGCUACGCCAUCGGGGUGGGCAGCGCGUUCGCGCGGGCGGAGGCGCAGCGGGAGCUGCAGGUGAUCUCCUCGGGCCCCGCCCACCUGUUCCGCGUCGACAACUUCGAGGCGCUGAGCGGCAUCCAGAGCCAGCUGCGCCAGAAGAUCUUCGCCAUCGAGGGCACAAGCCCCGCCCACGGCAGCUCCUUCCAGCUGGAGAUGGCGCAGGAGGGGUUCAGCGCAACGGUCAGCGCGGCCGGGCCUGUCCUGGGCGCCGUCGGUGCCUUCGGUUGGGCCGGGGGCGCCUUCGCCUACGGGGGAGGGGCGCGCACCUUCCUCAACGGCUCCGGAGCGCACCUGGGCACACCUGGAGAGCACCUGGGCACACCUGGAGAGCACCUGGGCACACCUGGAGAGCACCUGGGCACACCUGGAGAGCACCUGGGCGACGCUGAGGACGCCAGGGAUGCUUACCUGGGUUACUCGGCCACGCCCCUGGCGCUGGGCGGUUCCUGGGCGCUGGCGCUGGGCGCGCCCAGGUUCGCUCACCUGGGCAGGGUCCUGCUGCUGCGGCCCGGCGACACCUGGACGGUGCUGGCCCACGCCACGGGGACACAGGUGGGCUCCUAUUUCGGGGCGUCGCUCCUGGCGCUGGAGCCCUGCCCAGGUGAGCCCCGCCCCCCGGCAGGUGAGCCCCGCCCCCCGGCAGGUGAGCCCCAGGUGCGGCUCCUGGUGGGGGCGCCGCUGUUCUACGGCGAGGGCAGCGGCGGCCGCGUGCACCUGUGCGACCUGCAGGGACAGGUUCCUCACCUGCGCUGCGCCCCGGCCCUGCGGGGCUCACCUGGGCAGCCCCUGGGCCGCUUCGGGGCCAGCCUGGCUCACCUGGGCGACCUGGACGGGGACAGGUGCGCCGAGGUGGCCGUGGGGGCGCCGCUGGAGGACGACGCCCGCGGCGCCGUUUACCUGUUCAGGGGCGCACCUGGCGGGGUCAGCGCCCAGGGAGCGCAGCGCAUCGCGGGCUCCCGGUUCCCGUCCCAGCCGCGUUUCUUCGGCCAAUCGCUGAGCGGGGGGCGGGACCUGAGCGGGGAUCACCUGCCCGACCUGGCCGUGGGGGCGCGCGACCAGGUGCUGCUGCUCAGGUCGCCGCCGCUGCUCCAGGUGCGCCUCGCCGUCACCUUCGAGCCUCAGGUGAUCCCGGGCCGGGAGUGCCCCGAGGGGGCGGAGCUUCGCGAGCCCCUGGGCGUGGCCAGGCUCUGCUUUGACGUCAGCAAGGGCACACCUGACACCUUCG